AUGGCUGAAUCUCUGCCGCUGGAGAUGCUCACAUAUAUUCUGAGCUUCCUGCCUCUGUCAGAUCAGAAAGGGGCCUCCCUCGUGAGUCAGGCUUGGUGCUGUGCAGCCCAGAAUGCCCUUCGGGAGCAACCAGGCCUUACCUUCCUGGACCUCAGCGGCUGCUCAGAACUGGCUGACGGGGCACUCUUGGCUGUGAGCCGGGGCCUGCGGCGCCUGUGGCACCUGAGCCUGAGGAAGCUGCAGCAGCUGACGGAUGCGAGAUGCUCAGCCCUAGGGGGCCUGCGGGAGCUGCAGAGCCUCAACAUGGCCGAGUGCUGCCUGGUGAGAGGGCGAGAGUUGGCCCAGGCCCUGGGCUUGGUGUGCGGAGCUCCACACCCACUGGCCUCCCUCAGCCUGGCCUACUGCUCCUCCCUCAAGCCACGCCGAGAGCUGGGCAUCGGGCCUCCAGCCGCAAGAGGACCCUUCUCCCCUGCCACAGGGCCCGCCCUACUCACGCUGCAGGCCCUACAGGACUUGGACCUCACGGCCUGCAGCACUGAUGCCAGUUUGACCAAGGUGCUCCAGGUCCCCCAGCUGAGGCGGCUGUCACUGAGCCUGUUGCCAGCACUCACAGACAAGGGCUUGCUGGCUGCGGCCAGAAGCUGCCCCAGUGUGGAGCGCUUGGUGCUGAGUCACUGCAGCCGCCUCAGCGACGAGGGCUGGGUCCAGGCAGUCGGCUCCCGGCCAAGGCUGCAGCACCUCAACCUGUCCAGGUGCAGUCAGCGCUCGGAGCAAACGUUGGGUUCCACUGGGCAGGCGUGCAAGCAGCUCCGGUUGGCAGAUGUGGCCAUGUGUCCUGGCAUCAGCAUGGCUUCCGUCAGGCGCUUCCAAGCCCAACUGCCUGAGGUGACCUGCGUCCAGUCCCGCUUCGUGGGAGGGGCUGACCUGACCCUAACACUCUGA